AUGAAGGACUCUGUGCUCUUGUGUGGGUCCCUCCUCCUCUCUCUGUUGGUUUGGAAAUCUUGUGGACUUGAACCAGCAGUGACUUCAAUGUGUACUGAGGAUUGGUUGUUAGCCAGAAUGAAAAGAUGGCCCUUUGAUAAUGGCACAGAAGUUAGAACUGAAGAUAUACACCUGGGAGCCAACUCUUCCGUCACAAGGGUGUUAUCACUCAGCUAUGAGUUUUCUUAUCCUGUCACUUCUUGUGGGAUCAAUAAAAUUGUGUUCCAAAAGAACGACGUUUUCCUGUUAUCUGAGAUCCAGUACAGAUCAGCACAGGGCGGUACCCGUACAUUUCAGGUGUUUUGCUUGGCAAAGAGGGUUAGAUUCUCAUCCGUGGUGCCGUUUCGAAUGAGAGGGGAUACUGUCAACCCCCCGAGUGGUAACUCUCAAAGGACAAAAGAAGAAAAUCAGCCGCCAGUUUUCAGACAAAGUAAUGUACGUGAGCCUAGCUUUGUCUGUUUUAACAAGGACAGACUACCUGGGAAUUACUGGGUUGAUAACGUCUGCAGUACGACUUCCUCUCCCCCGCCAAGAUGCAGAAGCCAAGUAGUUCAGAGCUGCCUGGGGCCUUGUUUCAGAAAUGUUCUUGUUCAGUGUGAUCGAAGAUGA